AUGGACCAGCCAGCCGAGCUCGACCUCAACGCCGAGGUGUGGAAGCUAUCAGGGACGAAACAAGAUCAGGUCCUCAUCUAUGUUGCUGUUGCAGUAGCCGCCCAAGGCAUGAUCUUGUGUGUCGUCCUCGUCACGACUGGACGGUACAUCUCCCAUUUCCGCAACACAGACUCGCAACUCACUAGGGGUGGGGUCAUCUUGGGCUCGGCUCUGGCUUGUGGAGCCUUCGGGAUGCAGUGCUUCCAGCUACAGCUCUAUGUCGUCCACGCAACGAGCGAUAUCCCCAGUGUGUUGCGUACGGACGCUCUGUGCAAUACGGCCUACAGGCUGCUGGGCGGUAUCUUCUCGCUGGUCGCGAUGACGUUCUACUCGAAUCGGAUCUGGAGGCUUUCUGGGAGGAGAUGGACCGUCAUUGUCCCUCUGGCCGUGCUGAUCUUCUCCGCCUUUGCCUUGAUGCUAGCGACGGUCGUUAUUGGCUUCACCUUCCCCAUCCUCACGCACGAGUCACUACCAUCGAUGCGAUCAUUCUUCGAGCGACAAACGGCAGUGGUCCGAGCGCAUGGAGCGGUCACUUUCGCUAGCGACGCCAUCAUCAGUGGUUCCCUGGUCUACCUCCUGCUUCGUACAAGGAACUCCAUCUUCGGGGCAGAAGGUGACAGAGGGAUUGUCUCUCGCAUUCUGAUAAUCAUGGGCGAAGCUAUGGUACCGCCUACUAUCGCAAUCGCAGUCUUGACGAUCGGGACCAGCCGUGUUGGUGGAGGAGCAAUCAUCGAUUGGAAACGUAUCCUCUUCGCCACCCUCCCUCUCCUAUACUACCAAUCUCUCCUCUACUCCCUUGUCGCUCGCAGGAAGGUUCGGCGGCUGCUCGACGAACGAGGCGUCGCCGCGCAAUACCGUCUCGAGAGCAGCCACACGACGAAGCAGCACAAGGCGGCAGUGGGAGGUAGUUCGUCUGGCAGAGACGGCGCACGAGUGACCGAUAGUGCAGGACGUGAAGCGUCAGGGUCAGCGGAUCAGCUCAAGGGGGACAGGCUCGAGUGGUGA